AUGGUCAACUUCUAUGGUGAUAGUAUUGGUGAGAAGGUCGAGGAUGGAGACAAGGUAAGGACAGAGAGGCUCUUUACCGAAAGCAAGGAAAUCCCAACUGUGAAGGUUAGUGAUUUACCAAGUGGGUACAAGGUCUUACAGAUUCCAGAAGUUACUGAGCGUAUUGGAGAAUACAGAAACAAGUUCUUAAAGUACUAUGAAAGAACAUAUGUCAAAAUAUCUGAAUAUAAAGCUCGCAAAAAGAAUGAACUUGAUGAUAGGGUCCAGUAUCUAAAGAAAAAUAUUUUUGUUGAUAAAUAUGAGAAUGAGGAACUACUGGCUCCUAUUAGUUUAUUAGGUCUGGGUGCAUUUUUCACAGGUAGAAUACUGACCAAUCCAACUAACUGGGGUUACGGUGCUUUGCUUAUUAAAGGGCAACCUACAUUUUUUGGUAUGUUUAUGUCCAGUGUACCGGCAAGAAUCAUACUGCCCAUCUUUUUAGCUGGUUACACUUUCAACAAGUUCUUACCUGUGACAUCAUCGAAAUUCGUGGAGACUUGCGAGAGAGAUGUGCUACCAAAGAACGUUACUAAGGCUAUCAAGGACUCAAAAAGACAACUAUACACGGAGGGUCUAGUAAAUACCAGGAAGACCAUUAGCCAAGCAGUCUAUCGCAAUUGUGAAGAUGCUGUUCAUAGAGUCCGAAUGUCUAUAGCUGAGCAGCUAGAUAAGUGGUAA